UCAGUUAAUUAACUAGCUAGACAUGGCACUGAUCAUGAGAAAGUUGUCAUUGCUGGCUUUCCUUCUAUUUGGAGCAUUGGUUGUUGCCACUUCUGCAUGCCGCAUUCUACCUGGUGGGACAUCAUCGAUGGUGAAACGCCACGAACAGUGGAUGGCGCAGUACGGGAAGGUGUAUAGAAAUGCAACUGAAAAGGCGCAACGAUGUUGGGCAUUCUCGACCGUGGCAGCCACUGAGGGCAUCAACCAAAUCAAGAAUGGGAAUCUAAUUUCCCUCUCGGAACAAGAGCUUGUUGAUUGUGAUGUGAAUGGCCAGAACCAGGGUUGCAACGGGGGCCUCGUGGAUGCUGCUUUUCAAUUCAUCAUCGACAAUGGAGGCAUAACCACUGAGAUCAACUACCCAUACAAUGCAGCUGAUGGUUCCUGUAACUCAAAUAUGGAGUCUAACAGUGCCGUGACGAUCUCCGGCUUUGAGGAUGUUCCAAGUAACAGCGAGGCAUCACUGCUUAAAGCUGUCUCUAUUCAACCAGUCUCUGUGAUUAUCGAUGGCGGCGACCCCAACUUCCAACACUAUGCAGGUGGCAUCUUCACUGGCCCUUGUGAUACCGAACUCGACCAUGCAGUAACUGCCAUCGGCUAUGGCAUCGACACAGAUGGAACCAAGUACUGGCUGGUUAAGAACUCAUGGGGUACUAGCUGGGGUGAUGAUGGCUACAUUAAGAUGCAAAGGGACAUUGAUGCUGUCGAAGGACUCUGUGGACUCGCCAUGCAGCCUUCUUACCCGACUAUCAAUUAAUUAUUUUAUCAACAAACAUGCAUACACUGUUGCGUCAUUUUGAAGGGAGGAGAAAUUAGCAAAUCAAAACACUUGAUCUAUGCAUCCAUCUAUGUCCAAUUACAAUCAUGUACUUUUAUAUGAUCACUAAUCGUACUUUUACUAUAUACAUAUUAUGAAGGCUCUUAUGUAUCCAGCUAGUAGUUUGUUCACCCUUAUGUAUCCUGUUUUGAUUUAGAAUAUUAAUUAUAUUUGGCGAGCAUUUUGAAUA